AUGUCACUAUCGAAAAACCACGAGAAUGUAUAUGUGUUAAAUCAAACAAAUCAGUUAAAAGGUUUAUUUACGAUCAUUCGUGAUCGCACAAAGCCCCGUUCAGAGUUUAUAUUUUAUGCAAACAGAAUCAUUCGUUUAAUUGUCGAAGAAGGAUUGAACCAUCUUCCAGUUUCACCGGCACAAGUAACGACUGCACAAAACGUCAAGUUUGAUGGAGUCGUUUUUGAUGGAAGGAUCUGCGGUGUUAGCAUUAUGAGAGCCGGUGAAAGUAUGGAACAAGGUUUACGGGAUUGUUGCCGAUCAGUGCGCAUUGGUAAGAUUUUGAUCCAGCGAGACGAAGAGUCUCAAGAACCCGUCCUUCAUUUCAAAAAGCUACCGGAUGACAUUGCCGACCGAUAUGUCUUGCUAUUAGAUCCCAUGCUCGCUACCGGCGGUUCUGCCAUGUGUGCUAUGGACGUUUUGAUCAGCAUGGGCUGUAAGCAGGAACAGAUCAUCUUCCUUAAUGUCAUUGCUUCUCCUGAAGGCUUAAACAAUGUGCACCAACGUUUCCCAAACAUCCGAAUAGUCACAGCCGUUAUCGACGAAGGUCUCGACGACAAAGGUUACAUUACCCCCGGAUUGGGUGAUUUUGGCGAUAUCUACUUUGGCACAAAGAUAUAA